AUGGAAAACACCACUUUUCCCUUUUACUUUAACCUCACACUGUUCGGCAACAUCGGACACUACCGCUUUCUAGCUUUUAGUUUUUGCCUCCUGCUCUACUGCUUUAUCAUCUCUGCUAAUCUUCUCAUGAUUUUCGUAAUAUUCAGACAAAGGACACUUCAUGAGCCCAUGUAUAUGUUCAUUGCUUUGUUGUGUAUGAACUCUCUGUACGGCUCUUCUGGUUUCUUUCCCAGAUUCCUCAUGGACCUCCUGUCUGACACUCAUUUAAUCACACAUACCGCUUGUUUCACUCAGCUCUAUGUUAUUUACACAUAUGCAUGUUGUGAAAUAACCAUUCUGAGCAUUAUGGCAUAUGAUAGAUAUGUCGCUGUGUGUCAUCCUUUACACUAUCACAGAAAGAUGACCAGGAAAACCGUCUAUGGAUUAGCAAUUUUUGCUUGGGUCUACCCAACCUGCAACCUCACAAUAACCGUUUAUAUGGUUGUCAGACUUCCUUUAUGUGGUAAUAAUAUAGAGCGGGUAUACUGUGCCACCUGGAAUAUUGUGAAAUUAUCAUGUGUUACCACUUCUGCCAACAAUAUUGCUUCUACACUGAGAGUGAUGAGUGUCCCCUUUGUUCCGUUACUUGGUUUUAUCUUGUUCUCUUAUAUGAGAAUCGUGUGGGCUUGUUGGAAAAAGUCAUCAGCAGUCAGAGGAAAAGUAGUUCAGAGUUGUCUUCCACAUAUUAUUUCAUUUGUCACUUACUGUAUCACAGCAUCUAUUGAUAGUGCCUUGAGUCGACAAGAUAUAAAAGACACAAAUUCAUUCCUGGCUGUAAUUCUCUCACUAGAAUUUGUUGUUGUUCCUCCAGUCAUGAAUCCUCUUGUGUAUGGCCUCAAAUUACCAGAGAUUAAAAGACAUGUUUUGAGGAUUUUACACUUGAAACCCAAAGCUAAAAUCAGAACUUUUCCAGAGCCUACAAAUGAUCUGUGA